AUGCCGAGCUGUCCACCCUGGUGGCUGCUACUGCUGCUCUCGCUGUGGGAGCCGCUGCUCCGGAGGGCGGAGGCAGGCUCUGACGGGCCGACGGCGGGAGAGCUGUACCAGCGCUGGGAACGGUACCGCAGGGAGUGCCAGGCGACACUGGAGGCUGCGGCGCCCCCAGCAGGCCUCGCCUGUAACGGGUCCUUUGAUAUGUACGUCUGCUGGGACCACACUGCACCCAAUGCCACUGCCCGUGCGUCCUGCCCCUGGUACCUGCCCUGGAACCGCCACGUGGCUGCAGGCUUUGUCCUCCGCCAUUGUGGCAGUGAUGGCCAGUGGGGACCUUGGAGAGACCAUUCUCAGUGUGAGAACCCAGAGAAGAAUGGGGUUUUUCAGGACCAAAGGCUGAGUUUGGAGCGGCUGCAGGUUGUGUACACCGUGGGCUACUCCCUGUCCCUUGCCACACUGCUGCUCGCCUUGCUCAUCUUGAGUUUCUUCAGGCGGCUGCGCUGCACUCGCAACUACAUCCACAUCAACCUGUUCACGUCUUUCAUGCUGCGGGCAGCAGCCAUCCUCACCCGAGACCGUCUGCUUCCUCCACCUGGCCCCUACCCUGGGGAUCAGGCUCCUAUCCUGUGGAACCGGGCCCCAGCUGCCUGUCGCACGGCCCAGAUCUUGACCCAGUACUGCGUGGGUGCCAACUACACGUGGCUGCUGGUGGAGGGCAUCUACCUGCACAGCCUCCUGGUGCUUGUGGGAGGCUCCGAGGAGGGCCACUUCCGCUGCUACAUGCUCCUCGGCUGGGGGGCCCCCGCGCUUUUCGUCAUUCCUUGGGUGAUCUUCAGGUACCUGUACGAGAACACGCAGUGUUGGGAGCGGAACGAUAUCAAGGGCAUUUGGUGGAUUAUAAGGACCCCUAUCCUGCUAACCAUCUUGAUUAAUUUUCUCAUCUUUAUCCGCAUCCUUGGCAUCCUCGCGUCAAAGCUGAGGACACAACAGAUGCGCUGCCCAGACUACCGACUGAGGCUGGCUCGCUCCACGCUGACGCUGGUGCCCCUGCUGGGCGUCCACGAGGUGGUGUUUGCUCCCGUGACUGAGGAACAGGCCCGGGGUGCCCUGCGCUUGGCCAAGCUCAGCUUUGAGAUCUUCCUCAGUUCUUUCCAGGGCUUUCUGGUCAGCGUCCUCUACUGCUUCAUCAACAAGGAGGUGCAGUCGGAGAUCCGGCGGGGCUGGCACCGCUGCCGCCUGCGCCACAGACUCGGCGAAGAGCCGUGCCAACCACCCGAGCGCGCCUUCCGGACCCUGCCCUCGGGUUCCGGCCCUGGCCAGGUCGCCGCCGGCCGCGCUCUGUGCUCGAGGACACUCCCAGGUCCUGGGGGUGAGGCCAGCCAUGUCUUAGAAAGUUACUGCUAG